AUGCAUUCAAUGCAAGGAUGCUCUACAAUCACACCCUGUGACGACCGUACCUAUGCGGAUGCAGAACGGAAAACUCUGUUCCUCACUUCCGAGGGUGCCGUCUCCCAUGACUUAUGGUUGCAAGAGGAGCGGGCCAUGGAUGAGGGGGGCCGCUAA